AUGGUUCCUAAAAUGUAUUGUAUCUUCCUUCUAUUCGUUUCUGUGUUUCUUGCUUCAUCAGCCUAUAAAGUAAGCCCACCAGCUAACUUUACAUGGCCUACAAACUCAAAAAAAAUUUGUUUUGUUGGUCGCUUUGAUCUUGUGCUGAAUGUUGACUAUAUACAAACUAGUGGUGAAAAAGUUUCAGUUAAAGUACCAUUGAAUAAUGAUACAUAUGAAUCAUACCGUGUAUCGUGUUCAGCACCUGCUAAUAUUCAUGAAUUAACAGUAUCAAUGUUAGAUGGUUUUACAGAAAUAAUAUUAGAUUUUACUGUUGACAGUAAAAAUAUGACAUCGUUAUCACGAGUUUAUGGCUAUAUAACAUUCAAUGAUAAACAAACAUAUUUUAAAAAUUAUUCAGCUGGUUUAGAUGGUAUACAUAAAUUUUCAUCGAAUGAAUCUUUAUUUAUGAAUGCACGUGGUAGUUCGUAUAGAUGUAAUACAAAAACAGUAAUUCAAGGUUUUGAGAAACAUCAAAAUGUAACAGUUACAUCGAUCGACAUAGAAAAUCUACGUGUUGAACCAUUCCCUGAUGAUACAGCAGAAUUUAGUGAUUACAGUGUUGAAAAAGUGUGUGCAGCUGAUAUUGCUAAAAAUUCUAAUUUGAUUCCAAUUAUUGUUGGUGCUUGUCUUGCUGUUUUGGUUAUUAUUGUACUUGUUGCAUAUCUCAUUGGUCGUCGACGUAGUCGUAAUGGAUACCAAAGUGUUUAA